CUGGAGGAAGACUUAUGUGAGGCCCAGUGGAGCCAGGCCAGUGUCUGUCAGCCAGGUGCUUAGCCCCCAGUGUGCUGAAGCUUGGGCCCUUCCUGGCACCCUGGUGUCCUGCACUGAGCUGUGUGAGCUUUUCCAUCUAGGUGUACCUUCUGGCAUUGACUGGCAUAGUGAGCUCUUCUGCCCAGGUGGAACCCGUGGCAUUAAGUGGCAUAGGGUUUGGUGGCAGGGAGGGCCAAGGGUGCCCUGUGUCCAUGAGAUGGUCAGUGUUCCAUAUGAAUCCCAUUCCCAUUAUGUGAGUCCUUGGAGGAUGAGCUUGGAUGGUGAGCCCAGAAGAAGACUUGCAUUCCACCCACUGGUCCUGGGCCAGUGUCUGUUAGCUGGGUACACAGCCCUUGGCGUUCUGGAGCGUGGGCGUUUCUUGGCAGCCUGGUGUUCUGCAUUGAGCUAUGAAAAGACUGGAGGAAGAAAACCCUUGACCCUGUUGUUCAGGGAGAAACUGAUAGCACAAUGGUCUGGCCCUGAGGAUGUGGCAUCCAGUCCACUUUACCACCAGUGUUUAAGGAAACCAUCUCAGGCUGGAGUGCAGCAGUGCAGUCGUGGUUCAUUACAACCUCUGCCUCCCAGGUUCAAGCAGUUCUCCUGCCUCAGCCUCUCAAGUAGUUGGGAUUACAGGUUAAAAGCUGAAGCAACCUCAGGAAAACCUCAGGGAAAAGAGAAGGGCUGGAAUCAAAUCCUCCACUUCGGAGAAUAGGGGUGGCGGAGUCUGUGGCCCAUCUCCUUCAAUCUUGAGUGAAAUCCGUGACUCUUUCAAUCCAAAGACUACAGUAAUACCACAACUAUCUACAGAGGACUGGCUCCAGGACUCCCAUGGAUACCAAAAUCCAAGGAUGCUUCAAAUCUCUUACAUAAAAUGGCAUAGUAUUUGCAUGUAACCUGCAUGCAUCUCCAGAUACGUUAAGCCAUCUCUAGCCUACUUAAUAGUACCAAAUACAAUGUAAAUGCUACAUAAACAGUUGUUAUAAUGUAUUGCCAAAGACAAGCUCUCCUUGCCAAUCCCUGACCAAAUGAAAGAUUCAGAGCAAAAUAAAUCGUUGCUAAUAUUUAA